GUAUCACAUGACUCACGGAACAACAUGGCUGCGCCCGCACGAGGAGAGGCUUUUGGGUGCUGCAGCCGGCUGGCUCGUAUCUUACUGGUGCCGCUGCUCUUGCUGGUGUGCGGGGCGGCGGGGAGCGAAGAGGCCAGGGCUGGAGAAGGCGCGGCGUCCCUCGCGGGCUCGUGCGGCUGCGGCUCUCCCCAGCGGCCCGGGGUCCCCGGCAGCUCGGCGGCCGCACAUAGGUACUCCCGGGAGGCGAACGCCCCGGGCCCAGGCCAGCGGCCGCUCGCGCUCACCAAGAUGGUCCCCAUCCCUGCUGGAGUAUUUACAAUGGGCACAGAUGAUCCUCAGAUCAAGCAGGAUGGGGAAGCCCCCGCAAGGAGCGUUGCUAUUGAUGCCUUUUACAUGGAUGCCUAUGAAGUCAGUAAUGCGGAAUUUGAGAAGUUUGUGAACUCGACUGGCUAUUUGACAGAGGCUGAGAAGUUUGGCGACUCCUUUGUAUUUGAAGGCAUGUUGAGUGAGCAAGUGAAGUCUCACAUCCACCAGGCAGUUGCUGCUGCUCCCUGGUGGUUACCCGUUAAAGGUGCUGACUGGAGACACCCAGAGGGGCCUGAGUCCACCAUUCUGCACAGGCUGGAUCAUCCUGUUCUCCAUGUCUCUUGGAAUGAUGCUGUUGCCUACUGCAUGUGGGCAGGGAAGAGGUUGCCCACAGAGGCUGAGUGGGAGUAUAGCUGUCGAGGAGGCCUGCAGAACAGGCUUUUCCCUUGGGGAAACAAACUGCAGCCCAAAGGCCAGCAUUAUGCCAACAUUUGGCAGGGAGAGUUUCCUGUGAGCAACACUGGGGAGGAUGGCUUCCAAGGAACUGCGCCUGUUGAUGCCUUUCCUCCCAAUGGCUAUGGCUUGUACAACAUUGUGGGGAAUGUGUGGGAGUGGACCUCAGACUGGUGGACCGUUCACCAUUCUGUUGAGGAAGCACACAAUCCAAAAGGCCCCCCUUCUGGGAAAGACCGAGUAAAGAAAGGCGGAUCCUACAUGUGCCAUAAGGUCAGUCAGUCCUAUUGCUAUAGGUAUCGCUGUGCUGCUCGAAGCCAGAACACACCUGAUAGCUCAGCGUCAAACCUGGGAUUCCGCUGUGCAGCUGACCACCUGCCCACCAUGGACUGAUAGCCAAGAGGAGCCUUCCAAAAUCCAGGAAGUUGUUUCUAACCUGCAGUCAGCUUCCCUCUGAACUCUGAAAUGAUCUUGUACAAAGAAUUCCCACCUGAGGUGGGUACCACAUCUGCCUAGUGGCCAAAGGAACUGUCUUGCGAGACCAAAUUACUGACCUGUGUCAGUACAUGUGCUUUAUCGUGUGGUGCAUCUUUGGGGAUCAUCGCCAUGUUUUAUGUUGAAAGCCUUUUGAAGAAGGAGAGAGCAGAGGACUUUGAAGUAGCAGGAAGUGUGUGUCCUGCCCAGACUCUUACCACAGCACUAGACCCUGGGGUCCAGUACUUCAUCUGUCUGGGCCUCUGUUUCCUCAUCAAAUGAUGAGUGGAUGGACAGCAACGUCUCUGGAGCUCUUUCCAGCUCACAGGUUCUGUGAGCGAUAGCAGAGUGUGCUGUGAUUGCAUCUGGAGAAUUUAUGACAGAUUAUUUUUUAGCUAUUUUUUUGCCAUGUGUGAAUCUUGGGUAAUACUAAUCAUAUAAGGUAAGAGUUUCCUUAUGUGUUAUUUUCAGAAAAGGGUAGAUGUAAGUCUUUUCUAUUCUUGCUGCACUUUGUUCUUUCAAGGAAAUCAGUGUCUUUUACAUUGUUAUGACAAAUCCCAUGUGGGCCAGUGAUAAUAUUGUUGGAGUUCAGUGAUCUGAACACACAGGAAUGUCUGUGCAGUGACUGUACUGUGCUUUAUCUUUUAACAUUAAGUGCCUUUGGCUCAGAGGGGCAAUUAGAAGCCCUCUUCCCCCCACCCCCUUUCCCCAAAGCCUUUGGAGAAUGUGAAAUGUGUACUACACAGGGAAACCUGUUAAAUUCUAGGUAUAAGAGAAAAAGAACCAGGGCCUUGAAUUCACUGUAUUCAGGGUAUCUGGCAUUUUAUAAUAGAGAAGUGGGAAGUCUUGUUGGCUUUGGAAUAUGAGAUGCUUUGAAUCAUGCACUAUGUCAAAUAAACUGGUACCUGCCAAGUCAA